AUGGUAUAAAAGGACACCUCGAGUGCCAGUUUCGCAUAGUGUUCGUUCUCUACGUUUCAAGAAUGUCUCUUAUAAAUAUAAUUGCGCAGGGAGUCAACAACGAAACCAAAACUGUUAAAAUAUCUGAGGAAGCCAGUAUUAAAGAACUUAAGAAACGGAUAAGGGAGGCGUUCAGUUUACCGGAAGACGAUGAUAUAAGACUACUUUACACAAGCAAAGACCUUCGAGAAAAGAAUGAACGCGGCAAAGAACAGCGUUUAACAGACUACGAUGUUAGGAACAAUGCCAUGGUUUUCAUAGUUAUACGACUGCAUGGUGGUUCUACCCCAAAGGUGUAUGGAAGCGAUAUUGUGUUGGCAACAGAACCAGACUUUAUUUCCUUGGAUACUACGGAAGGAGGACAAAGAGCAAAAAUGCCAUGUGGUCAUGUCGUUAGCCCAGAGUCUCUGACAGAUUUCUGCAAGUCCAAAUUGGCAGGUGGUGCCUUCGAAUUUCGUUGUACUUACAAAGGAAGCACGCGGGAAACCUUUUGCAACGCGAAAUGGGACUUUCCGACUGUAAAGCGUAUGGCUUUGCUUACUGAUACGGAAAUAACUUACUUUGAAACGAAGAUUAAUGACAACUAUCGCAAGGCUUGUGGAAUUAAAGAAUGUCCUAAAUGCACGUCUUUCUGUUCAAGGCAGCGAAACACUGAUCAGCGCGUUAAAUGUCCAGUAUGCAGCCGCAAGGAUCGCAAAAACUACGAGUUUUGCUGGUUUUGCAUGAACGUGUGGCGUACUAAUGGAGUAAACCAGUGUGGAAAUUCGGAAUGCAGUGGACAAGAUACAAGGCUUAAUAUCUUAAAAACUUGCGAAAUAAAAGAAGUGAUCGGGGUUAAGUGUCCUAAGAUUAGAGCUUGUCCACAGUGUGGUGUUUUUAUUGAACAUGUUGACAAAUGCAAGCACAUUGCAUGCCCUUGUGGAACAAAAUUUUGCUUCAUAUGUUUAAAACAAGCAGAUGAGCAAAGUCGUUACCAAUGUGGUGCACAUAAUUCAAAAUGUGAAGUCGCCCCCGUGCAGACUGAAAUACCGAGUCGUUAAACCUUGCUUUUACGGGGAAUGACGUUCUUUUUCCUUGUGUUUUUGCCAUGACAUUUCGUUUAAAUAAGUCAUUUACUACUAAUUCAUUAUUUAAUUAUACAAGCGUCUAGUGUAUUUUAAGUUUUGCAUAUAUUGUACUUAACUGUGUGCUGUGUUAUAUUCAUUAAAUGUUUCAAACAUUAUUAAAUGUUUUUGUUGA